AUGGCUUUAGCACAGUUAGUUGAGACUCAAAACAGAUUUCUGGAAGCCAAACAACUUUUUAAAAAAGCCGUUAGUAUAAAGAGAGAAACUGGUGAUAAAAUUGGAGAAGCAAAAGCCUGUGAAAGAGUCGGAUUUUUCUUUUAUAAACUUGGCGAAAGGUUCAAAGCAAAAGAGGAUAUUAAGAGAGCCAAAACUGUCGCUCGGGAAAUACAACAAGGCGAGUAUAACGAAAGAGCGCUUGCCAUCAGAACUAAGAUUGGCGAAAGAAAAGGAGAGGCAGACGACUCCGGUAACCUAGGUGCUAAAGAGUACCUCAAAAAAGGGCUGGUCGUCAGAACUGAGAUUGGCGACAGAAAAGGAGAGGCAGCCGACUACGGAAACUUGGGUACUUUGUUUCAGUCACUCUGGAAAUGCGACAAGGCUGAAGAGUACCUCAAAAAAGCGCUUGUCAUCACGACUGAAAUUGGUGACAGAAGAGAAGCAUCAUGUUAUGGAAGCCCAGAACUGAGCGAAAUUGGCGACAAAGAAGGAGAGGCAGACGACUACGGAAACCUAGGUACUGUAUUACACGCGGCCGGGCAAUACGACCAGGCCAAAGAGUAUUACGAGAAAGCGCUUGCCAUCAGAACUGGAAUUGGAGACAUGACAGCAGAGGGAGCCGAUUACGGAAACCUAGUUUAUUAUUUUCUGGAGGAGCUGGAAGUCAUUAUUGUUCUUGACCGCACUUUGUACGAAGGUCCCUUUGCUGCCCUAAGUGAAAAGGAGGGAGCCAAAUACCUCUCGCGCACUCAUAGGAUCCGUGUCGUUCCUACUUUGACGACACUCAAGACCAUUCAGGACAGUCCAGAGGACUAUCACAGCAACACUGGUGCCUUGAUAAUAAGCAAUCCCAAGGUUGAUUGGCUGCUGCCAUUGCCAGGUGCUAGAGAGGACGCGCAGAUGGUUGGACGACUGGUGGGUGUUCCGGGCCUGGUAGAAGAGGAAGCAACGAAGCAGGCGGUAUUUGAAAGGAUAAAUUCAAUGAGCCUGAUUUAG